UACACGCAGCAUAAAAUACACAUAAUUCGGUUUACAACACAGCAUAACCAUUAAAUAAUCUGUUGCGAAAAUAAAUUUUCAUUCAGCAAAUCGCCAAAACCGUUUAGUCAAUCAAGACCAACCGAACAAUUAAUAUGAAUUUUGCAUUAACACCGACAUUGAAUUUAAAAUUAAAAACGAAAUUUUCAUUGUAAAAUUUAACUGAAAUGAGUCAGAUUUGUGUAGUAUGUGGUGUAUCGGCCGCUCUGAAAUGUGGUGGUUGUAAAAUGGUCGUUUACUGUGGCAAAGAACAUCAGAAAUCUGAUUGGAAAAGUGGUCAUAAAAAUCGGUGCAAGUGCUUUGAGAUCGCCACCAAUAACCAAAUCGGUCGUCACUGUAUCGCUGCUCGUGACAUAAAACAAAAUGAGAUAAUUCUUCGAGAGCAGCCGCUUGUGCUCGGUCCCAAACUGGCCAGUCCUGCCAUAUGUCUCGGCUGUAACCAAAACUUGGAGCUGAAGAGAAACGCAACGAAUUUUUACAAAUGCUCAAAAUGCAAGUGGCCGCUGUGUGGUCAAUCCUGUGAAAAAUCGAAGCUACACACCGCUGAAUGCAGCCGACUGCAGACAACGAGCUUUAAAUGUCCGAUAGAUUAUGUUGCGGCGGAUCGGAAUAAAAAGGAGUCGGCCUAUUGCACGAUUGUGCCUUUACGCUGUUUGUUGCUGAAAAAGGAGAAUCCGUCCGGAUUCAAGGCUUUGAUGAACUUAGAGGACCACUUGGACGAGCGAAUGAAAACCCCCGUUUACAAUGUUCUACGGGCGAAUUUGGUUCCAUUCAUUAGGAAUGUGUUAGGACUCACGGAAUUCGACGAGAAAACUAUAAUGAAAACAGCUGCAAUUUUUGACACAAACAGCUUCGAAAUACGCCCGUUUAAGCAACAGAGCAAAAUCAGAGCCGUCUACCCACAAUCAUCAAUGUUUUCGCAUGACUGUGUUCCAAAUACCAGACAUGUGUUCACAGAGAACAAUGAAAUUUUAAUGAUUGCAACAGUGGACAUUCCGAAAGGAUCUGUAAUCAAUGUGACGUACACACAAGCGCUGAAGAACACCAUGGACCGUCGAGAACAUUUGCAGCAAGCCAAAUGUUUCGACUGCAGAUGCAUGCGGUGUUCCGAUCCGACCGAAUUGCAGACGUAUUUCGGUGCGGUGAAUUGUUCUCAAUGUAAAAUCGGAAAAGUAACGUCCACCGAUACGUUGGAUGUAUCAUCCGUUUGGCGAUGCGACCAUUGUGGUCAUGAGAUUUCUGCCAAGCAAAUCAAAUGUGGGAAUGCUGCGCUUCAAAAUGAAAUCGCCAAACUGAGUAGGAAUGAUCCGAGGGAAUUUGAACAGUUUUUGAUAAAAUAUGCCGAGACACUUCAUCCGCUCAACAGUCAUGUGAUGCAAAUUAAAUACGCAUUGACCCAGCUGUAUGGAAAUGUUCCUGGGUUUACGUUGGGUGAAAUGACGGAUGCUGCCAUUCAACGUAAAAUCGAUCUCUGUGAGGAAUUGUUAAAAAUUGCUGCUGUACUUGAACCGGGAGCUGGUCGAUUCCGUGGUUUACUGUUACUCGAUCUACAAGAGUGUUUGACGGUACAAGCCCAGCGAAGAUUCAAUGAGAAUUCACUGACGAAGGAAGGUGUAGAAGAACGGCUUAUGGAAUCGAUGAAUUAUCUCCAGGAAGCUGUAUCAAUACUGAAAAUAGAACCAGGAAUGGAAAAGAUGCUGGAAGAACGAGUUAAAACGUUAGCGAUUGAAUUAGAAUGAAAAACAUUUGUAGCUGCAAAAUGACUGAACUUUUGAAUAAUCCCACUGCUCACAUGGUGGUUCCUAGAU